CACUGUUAUGCUAUCAAGCUUACUCUCACUACGGCUGCUGCACUUCAGGCCUACAGUCAAGCAUCCUUACCCAGAACACAUGGCACAGGACAUCACGGCCUCGAGACGUGGCUGAGGACCCAACACCGAGACGAUCGAGCAGUAAGAGAAGAAUGUCUCUGAGAGCGGACGCAGCUCCGAGCGGAGGAGUGGUGGUGGAGUACGAGGACGACGACAUCAGAGAAGCACGAGAACGGAAAAAACGGAGUUUAUCAGGUUCUGCCCUGCUGCACCUCAAGGGCCCGAAGUUCCUCAUCUACGUCAGUGGAGCGCUGUCGAUGUGGGGUGAUCGCAUGUGGCACUUUGCCAUUUCCGUCUUCCUGAUUGAGCUGUAUGGGCGUAACUUGCUGCUGACCGCCAUCUUUGGGCUGGUGGUGGCCGGCUCUGUGCUCUUACUGGGCGCUCUGAUUGGAGACUGGGUGGACCGAAACCCAAGAAAUAAAGUGGCCCACGCGUCGCUGUUCAUUCAGAACAUCUCCGUGACCGUCUGCAGCAUCGUGCUUAUGUUGGUGUUUUCAUACAAGAAGUGGAUCGAACAAAUCUGGGACGGCUGGUUAACUGUGGUUUGUUAUACGGUGGUGAUCAUCCUGGCAGAUGUGGCUAACCUCGCCAGCACAGCGCUCACUAUCGCCAUCCAGAGGGACUGGAUAGUGGUCAUCACGGGUUAUAACCGCGGCCACCUAGCAGGGAUGAAUGCCACCAUGAGGCGGAUCGAUCAAGUGACCAACAUCCUGGCGCCGCUGGCCGUGGGCCAGGUCAUGACCCUGGCCUCUAACGUUGUGGGCUGCGGCUUCAUCCUGGGCUGGAAUCUGGUCUCCCUGAUCGUGGAGUUUAUCUUCCUGUCCCGCGUUUACCGCAUCGUCCCUGCGCUGUCCGUCAAACCGCCGGCUACAGAGGAGCAGAACUACCUGGAGAAGAAGAGGGAGAGGAAGAGUUCGCAGGGUGAGAGUUCCUUAAGGCCAGCGGUGUUCCUCACAGAAGACACCGGAGGAGCGUGUUUGAGAGAGCGGACCUCCAUGCUGCCUCCGUGCCUCCGUCGGCUUCGUGGGCUCCUCAGCACCUGCAGGGAAGGCUGGAGGGCGUAUUACAGGCAGCCUGUGUUCCUGGCAGGUUUGGGCUUGGCCUUCCUGUACACCACCGUGCUGGGCUUCGACUGCAUCACCACAGGCUACGCCUACACCCAGGGCAUCAGUGGCUCCCUCCUGAGCCUGUUGAUGGGCGUUUCGGCCGUGGCUGGCCUGCUGGGAACCGUCCUGUUCACCAAGUUGCGCAAAGCCUACGGGCUGGUCAACACCGGCAUGAUCUCCAGCUGUCUGCACCUGGCCUGCCUGCUCCUGUGCGUGUGCUCUGUGUUCGCUCCAGGCAGCCCCAUGGACCUGAGCAUGCUAACACAGGGUAAUGGGUCAGAUGUGGGAGGAAUGGCCGGAGGUGGACACCAAAGACAUGGAUACACACUGCAGGGAGGCAACAACCAGCCUUUACUUCCUGACCGCUCCUCCAUUCACUGGACCAACAACACCGUGCUAUUCGAAAACGCACCAGCAGGGAGCGUACCCGAGUCCUAUAUGUCCAUCACCCUGCUGUUUCUUGGAGUCAUCACGGCUCGAAUCGGCCUGUGGUCCUUCGACCUGACGGUGACCCAGCUGCUGCAGGAGACCAUCUGCGAGUCCGAGCGCGGCGUGGUUAACGGAGUUCAGAGCUCCAUGAACUACUUGAUGGACCUGCUGCACUUCCUCAUGGUCAUCUCAGCGCCGCAGCCGCAGCACUUUGGCAUUCUCGUCAUCGUCUCCGUCCUGUUCAUCACCGCAGGGCACACCAUGUACUUCCUGUACGCCCGGAAGGCCAAGAGGAAACAGCGUCUCAACACGUAAACACCACGUACCUGAAACAGACAGUGUGACAUGUAAAGGUGCAGAUUCUGUCCCAGCAUGUGAAAUGGACGUGUGUCCCUCCGUGUGAUCCACACCGAACCGUACACAGUCUCAUCUGCAACUCACUUCACCAUUUCAAACGCCUGUCCUGUGCCUUCCACCAGCUCAGCUCCAAACCUCAGGUGAACACAGCAGAACCAGCACCACCUGCUGGGCGUCUAGGGAAGCAUGUGUUGGCAUUGUGAGGUCUCCAGAGGUCACCGGUGCCUUUCUGCUCACAGCAGCCGAAAAGGCAAAAGCAGACAAGAAGAAAAGCCUCACAUCUGCUGAUGUUCAACCGUCUCAGCUGCACUGUAAUGUUGCAGCAAAGCCCUGCCUGAACGGCAGAAGAGCUUCUUCUCUCUGCUACGGUUUCUCAGCAGACAAGCAGGACAUGGUCCUCAUCACUCAACCUCAAUCAGCCUUAAAGCGUCUGGGGUUAAAUAUCAUCCAUUACCAGGGAACGAUAUUCAGCAGUCGCCCUCUAAAGGACGGAACCUCUUCAUUACGAAUACAGGGUGCAUUCCGAUCACGUCAAGCUCAGAUCAAUAGUUUGGUGAGAAAUCAAAUGCAUAUUAUUUCUCCUUUCCCCCCAAAUGGAGCUCAACAGACAAGACAAAUCUUUCUCUGAAGCUAUGAGGCUAAUGUCCCCGUCGUAUUAAUAAUUUAUAGUAUUCAGACCGUUCAGCCUGUUACAUCCGCUUUCUUCUCUCCAGCUCUCUCUGACCACAUUACUGCAUUUCCAUUCAGCCUAAUUCCCAGUAAAGCUGCUCUGCUUUACACAUUUCUCUGUUUCUCUUGUCAGACGGUGGUUAGUGUAGUGAUUAACACCUCUGCCUUCUACUCCGUAGACUGGGGUUCAGUCCCUACCUUGGCAAACACUCUACGGUAUACCAAUAAGGGUCCUUGGGCAAGACUCCUAAGACCCCUUGGCCUGCCUGUGUAAAAUGAUCAAAUUGUAAGUCGCUCUGGAUAAGAGCGUCAGCCAAAUGCCAUCAAUGUAAAUGUAAGGCCGUGACCUGUUUUACAGCUGGUCACUUCAUGAGUCCAGGAUCUGGAUAUGAAGUCCUGCAUGGGGAAUGGUUUCGCUUGUACUUGGAGGAUUUCGGUCAUGCUGGGAGGGGUUUUAGUUGUACUGGGAGGAGUUUCUGUGGUAAUGGGAGAAGUCUUGGUUGUACCUGGAAGAGUUUUGGUGGUACUAGGAGGAGUUCUGGUUGUACUGGGAGGAGUUUUGGCUGUAUUGGGAGGAGUCUUGGUUGUACCAGGAGGGAUUUCAGCGGGACUGGGAGGAGUUUUGGUUGUACUGGAAAGAGUUGUGGUUGUACUUGGAGGAGUUUUGACUGUAAUGGGAGGGGUUUUGGUUGUACUGGGAGGAGUUUUGGUGGUACUAAUAGACAUUUUGGUUGUACCGGUAGGUGUUUUGGUGGUACUAGGAGGAGUUACGGUGGUAAUAGGAGGAGUUUCUGUGGUACUGGGAGAAGUCUGGGUUGUACUGGGAAGAGAUUUGGUGGUACUAGGAGGAGUUCUGGUUGUUCUGGGAGGAGUUUUGGCUGUAUUGGGAGAAGUCUUGGUUGUACAGGAAGGGAUUUCAGCGGUACUGGGAGGAGUUGUGGUUGUACUGGGAGGGGUUUUGGUUGUACUGGGCAGGGUUGAUGGGCAGAUACUGAUCUGUAUCUGUUUAAAUGUGUCUCGGCUGCGUUUACACCAAUUAAACCAAUUUUAUGUGGUGUGACCUCCAGAUAUAGUCCCGAUGGUCAAGUCACACGAAGUGACCAGUUGUAAACAGGUCAGUGACUGAAAUGUGACCCAUUAAGACUUCAUAUUAACCCGCAUCACUUCCCAGCUGCGAUUCUGGCUGUAUUCCUGUAUCUGAAACGGUCACUGAGAGAGAAAGUUAGAAGCGACAGAAUAUCUUCUUAUUCUUCCUCUCACACAGCGGUCAGCGUCCGUCUGACUAACAAACCGCACGUUGGACGCUCUGGUUUCAGUGUGAUGGUGAGUCAGUGAUGCCAGUCAAAUGAAGCUGUUUAAAUACAAACACAGAAGGAUCAGACCGUGCAGAUCAGCGAUUAGUGCUCAGAAUCGCUGUUUACACACGCAGCUCCUUCACGCCUGUGUGACGGAAUGUGCUGCUCUGCCUCUCCAGCUCACAUUCACAGGCAGUUAUCUAGAACUUCUAGAACGACAGAGAACAGAUCUCUCCAUUUGAAAGACCUUUCAUAAAUGUUUGUUUAUUGUGCUUUCCAGGUCACAUCCAUCAUUUGAUAAGGAAAAAUAACUCAAUUUCCUUUCAUGUUUCAGAGUAAAAGCCAUUUAAUGGACACGAGUUUCUUUAAGGUCAGUUUUAAGAUUCUCUACCAUAAAACAAGCAGGUAAAGAUCUGAAAACUGAACACAUUUCCGAUAGGGAAUGUAAUCGGAUUCAGGCGUUUACACGGAUAUUAUGGCCUCAAUCGGACUAGACUAUUCUGAUUGAGAUGGUUACAUGGACGUGUUCUAUUCCAAUAGUCGGAUUAUUAACGGAUUAUCAGGCAUGUAAACGUGACUAGUGGUAAACAUUUUGGCUGCUGCUCCAAAUGAAAUCUGCUUAUACAGUCAAAUUAUUUUUAGAAAUACAUUUUAUAUUUUAGAAAGCAGAUCAGAAAACACUCUCUUUUCUAUUUUCCCAUAAUCAUCUAUACUUAUCCAUGCUUUUCCAUACUGCACAGGAACCCUGUACGUUGGCCUUGUAGCUCCAGAGAUAAACCUAAAGCAACAAACACGUCACAGCUGAACUACUUCACUCUUAAAAAGAACCAUGUACACUCAAAGAACACUGUCCAUGAUUAAAGGGUUCUUUGCACCAUGAAAUGGUUCCUCAGAUUGAUGGAGAAUGUGCAUGAAUGUGC